UAGGGUGGCUGGGGUGGGGGAUGGAGUGGGUUCUGCAGCAUCUUCUCUUCUCUGGGUUGUGCUUCACCAGCACGUGGGAAGGAGCUGGUGACGGGUGGGGGCAAGUGCACCAGUCCCUGCAGUUAGCGGCCUGGUCAUGGCUUUGCUCAGGUUUUCUUGGUCUCCUAAAUAUAAAAUACCAACUUUAUAUUCCUCAGGCACCUUUCCCUCCCCCCCGCUGGUUCUCUCUCAGCCCCGUGUGGAGGGCCAGUUCAACAGAAUCCUGUAAUGUCCUGAAGUGGAGGGGAGACUGCCUGCCUGCCAGAGAGCAGCCUCACCAGCACUGUCCCCAAGGCCGAGAUGCAGGCAGCAGGCUGGGGCCUCGGCGUCCGGUCGCCGCCCUGGAGAGGCAGGUGUUUGACUUCCUGGGCUACCAGUGGGCGCCCAUCCUGGCCAACUUCGUCCACAUCAUCGUCGUCAUCCUGGGACUCUUCGGCACCAUCCAGUACCGGCCGCGCUACGUCAUGGUGUACACGGUGUGGGCAGCCGUCUGGGUCACCUGGAACAUCUUCAUCAUCUGCUUCUACCUGGAAGUCGGUGGCCUCUUACAGGACAGCGAGCUACUGACCUUCAGCCUCUCCCGGCAUCGCUCCUGGUGGCGUGAGCACUGGCCGGGCUGUCUGCACGAGGAGGUGCCGGCAGUGGGCCUCGGGGCCCCCCAUGGCCAGGCCCUGGUGUCAGGUGCUGGCUGUGCCCUGGAGCCCAGCUAUGUGGAGGCCCUACACAGCGGCCUGCAGAUCCUGAUCGCGCUUCUGGGCUUUGUCUGUGGCUGCUAUGUGGUCAGCGUGUUUACGGAGGAAGAGGACAGCUUUGAUUUCAUUGGUGGAUUUGAUCCAUUUCCUCUCUACCAUGUCAAUGAAAAGCCACCCAGCCUCUUGUCCAAGCAGGCGUACUUCCCCACAGGCCAGACCCCACUGAGAUGUCAGUAAACAGGCACAGGACGCUGACCUGCUGGCACAGGGAGAGGCAGUGGGGGCUUUCCAGAGCCCCAGCCCCACCCACCUCCUUUCUGCCGAAGGUCUGAAGCCGUCCACUGCUUGGACUUUGUUCCAUUUCAGGUUCUCCAGGGGGAGGGGGUGGCAGCCCCCAGUGGCCGCCCCAGCCCUGUUCCCCCAGGUGCUCUCUGACCUUGUCCCCCCAGGCCUGCGUAAGUGAGGAAACAGCUGAUCCUGCUCCUGCGGCCUCCAGCCUCGGCGACUGACCAGUGACAAUGACAGGAGCUCCCAGGCCUUGGGACAUGCCCCCACCCAGCACCCCCCAGGUGGCCAGCAGCACCUGCCCUGGGUUCUAAGUGCUGGACACCAGCCAGGGCGGCAGGGCAGUGCCACGGCUGGCUGCAGCUUCAAGAGAGUUUGUAAUUUCCUUGCUCUUAAAAAAAAAAAAGAAAACAUACAAAAGAAAAGGCAGAGCCCCACAUGCCCACCUCCUCCGGCAACAUGGGGGUCACAGCUCUGCCCCCAGGCCGUCUUCUCGUCGAGGAGCCCCUCCCUCAGGUGCCCACCUGGGGCUGCUGGACCCUCGGGCUGCAAGCACUGCUGCUGGGAUGCAGCGACGCGGGAACGGCGCAGCCUCCCCAGGAAGUCAAUGUGAGCCCCGAGACCCCUCAAGUGGUGAGGGCCCCAGUUGAACAUGGAGGGUGCCCAACCCCAAACUCGUGCCGGAAGAACCCCCACCCCACCCAGGAGCUGAGGCUGAUGGAGCCCUGGGGUGGGGGCUGGGCUUGACCAGGAACGGCAGAGCCAGGCCCCAAGGCAUAGGGCAGGGCACGUGGUGGUGACGAGCAGGCGGUACUCUUGUAAAGAGGGGUCUUGGGCAAACAGUUCCAAAGGCUCCCCCAGGUAUCAUCAAGUUGGUAAAUAAACAGGAACAUGGCCCUCACCC